AUCAACGAGGUCCUGAAAGUUACAAAUAGUUGUAAUCCCUUGUGCUUCUUUAGAUAAAUGUUUGUGAAUCUCAAGUUUUGAUACAGUUAUCGUGAUAAUAAUUAAGGUUUUUUUCGAGAAGUUAUAAAUGAUUUGUUUUCAACGGAGGUAAAUAUCGAGUUCCGUGACAAUCUGUCAGGACCUGGGAGACGCUGCUUCUUCCGCCUUGGCCUGGCCUUAGCAGAGAGUAUCUGUUGCAGUCAUGUCGGCUGCGAUUGCAGCUCUAGCUGCUUCGUAUGGCUCGGGUUCGGGGUCCGAGUCGGAUUCGGACAGUGAGGGCAGUCGGUGUCCGCUGCCAGCCGCGGACUCUCUCAUGCAUUUAACCAAAUCGCCUUCAGCCAAACUCUCUCUGACCGUGGCGGUGGACUCGGCUCCGGAGGUGGCAGUUAAGGAAGAUCUGGAGACUGGAGUUCACCUUGACCCUGCUGUCAAAGAAGUUCAGUAUAAUCCUACCUAUGAGACCAUGUUCGCUCCUGAGUUUGGACCAGAAAAUCCCUUUCGAACACAGCAAAUGGCUGCCCCUAGAAAUAUGCUUUCUGGGUAUGCAGAGCCAGCGCAUAUCAAUGACUUCAUGUUUGAACAACAAAGAAGAACAUUCGCUACGUAUGGCUAUGCACUGGACCCUUCGUUAGAUAAUCAUCAGGUGUCUGCUAAGUAUAUUGGCUCUGUGGAAGAAGCAGAGAAGAACCAAGGCUUAACUGUAUUUGAAACUGGUCAGAAGAAAACAGAAAAGAGAAAAAAGUUCAAAGAAAAUGAUGCAUCUAAUAUUGAUGGUUUCUUGGGACCAUGGGCAAAAUAUGUGGAUGAAAAAGAUGUGGCCAAACCUUCAGAAGAAGAACAAAAGGAAUUGGAUGAAAUCACAGCCAAGAGGCAGAAAAAAGGCAAACAGGAAGAAGAGAAACCUGGGGAGGAGAAGACAAUCUUACAUGUUAAAGAAAUGUAUGACUAUCAAGGCAGGUCUUACCUUCACAUACCUCAGGAUGUUGGUGUUAAUCUACGGUCAUCUGUGCCACCUGAAAAAUGUUACCUUCCCAAAAAACAAAUUCACGUGUGGUCUGGACACACAAAGGGUGUCAGUGCUGUCAGACUCUUUCCUCUUUCUGGACAUCUGCUGCUGUCUUGUUCCAUGGACUGUAAAAUUAAGCUAUGGGAAGUUUAUGGAGACCGGCGCUGUCUGAGAACAUUUAUUGGUCACAGUAAAGCUGUGAGAGACAUCUGCUUCAACACUGCAGGAACACAGUUCCUCAGUGCGGCCUACGACAGGUACCUUAAACUCUGGGACACCGAGACAGGACAGUGUAUAUCAAGAUUUACAAACCGCAAAGUUCCCUAUUGUGUCAAGUUCAAUCCUGAUGAAGAUAAGCAAAAUCUCUUUGUGGCUGGGAUGUCUGAUAAAAAGAUUGUACAGUGGGACAUCCGCAGUGGAGAGAUUGUUCAGGAAUAUGAUCGGCAUCUGGGGGCUGUCAACACGAUUGUUUUUGUUGAUGAGAACCGAAGAUUCGUGAGUACAUCUGAUGAUAAAAGCCUACGAGUUUGGGAAUGGGAUAUCCCUGUGGAUUUUAAGUACAUAGCAGAGCCCAGCAUGCACUCAAUGCCCGCAGUGACUUUGUCUCCAAAUGGGAAAUGGCUAGCAUGCCAGUCAAUGGACAACCAAAUCUUAAUUUUUGGAGCACAGAACAGAUUCAGAUUAAAUAAGAAGAAAAUUUUUAAGGGCCACAUGGUAGCAGGCUACGCUUGUCAGGUAGACUUCUCACCAGACAUGAGCUAUGUGAUUUCAGGAGAUGGAAAUGGGAAACUAAACAUCUGGGACUGGAAGACCACAAAACUCUACAGUCGCUUUAAAGCCCAUGAUAAAGUGUGCAUAGGCGCAGUGUGGCACCCUCAUGAGACAUCCAAGGUCAUCACCUGUGGUUGGGAUGGCCUCAUUAAGUUGUGGGAUUAGUCCUGUCACCGGCUGGGGUCAUUUCUGAUCCAGAGUCUUAUUUAUCCAGAGUCUUAUUUAAUUAUUAAAAUGUGUUGGAUGACAGUUUGAUUUAUAGGUAAUCUUUUCUUAUAGGGCCUUAUGAAGUUGGCCUGUUGUUUUUAAGAGCUUUGUAAAUUUGCCUCAGAUAGGUUCAAUAGCAACUUCAUUUUGUUCUUUAUAGAUGUUAUUUAUA